AUGGAGUAUGAUUUAAAUAAAGAUGUCAAGGGCCAAAAGAAGGCCCGAAAUCGUGUUUUAAAUAGCAAAUCUUUCAUUUUUUCCAUGUUCAAUGUCGCGAACUUUAUUGAAUAUUUUAACCUGCAGGUGCUCCCCUCAUCCAUGAGGGCCCUUGAGAUCUCCCUGGGCCUUUCCCCAAUAGAUAUUAGCAAUUUUGCAACCGCUGAGAGCCUGGGACUGGUCGGUUUCAUCCCGGUCUGGGGAGCCUUAUCGGACAAAGUCGAACUCAAGUACAUCAUGCUUGUGGGAGUCGCUCUAUCUGGAAUAAUAUCUAUCAUUCUGGGCGGAAUAUCAAACUACUCCUUCAUACUGAUACUCCGCGUUUUAAACGGAGCGAUGAUGGGAAGCGUCACGCCCUCCAGCCAGAAGUACAUAGUGACGCAGCUCAGGAACCAUUUUGGAAUCGGAUUCGGAGUUAUGCACUCGGUGAUGUGCGCUGCGAGACUCGCAUCCUCGAUCACGGUCACCACGUACUCCACAAUUAAAUACGGAGGGAUCAUGGGCUGGAGGUUCUGCCUGUACAUCUUCGGGGCAGUGUCGCUGGUGCUCUCGCCGGUGGUACUGCUCAUCCCGAACCUGAACCCGAAGAAAGAGGAGCUGUCAGUGGAACAAGUAACAAUAAAGACGAGGGCGUACAACUUCGUCUACUACAUGUACCGCAUGUUCAAGGAGUCGCUCAGCAACGCCACAUCGAUACUGAUGGUGUUCCUGAACUUCUUCACGGACGGACCGUUCGUGUCGUUCAGCUUCGUGACCCUGCUGCUGCAAUACAUGGGACUGUCCAACACGAAGUCUGGACUCACGGUUGGAAUAGUCAUUAUAGGAGGAAUCGUGGGAGGAGUGAUAGGAGGGUUCGUGUCAGAUUACUUCAACAAAAAGUCCCCCAAGUACGGGCUGAUUCUGUUUGGAAAUUUAAACGUAAUCAUUAGAGUUAUAACCUUCUGUAUCGCAUUUUUCUGGGUUAACUUUGACAAUGUGCAUAAGCUCUUUCCACUGCUGGCAGUGUCGCUUUUCAUUAAUGGAAUGACGUUCAUGACCGUCAGCUGCGUCGACAGAACACUGCUGGCCAACGUCGUCCCGAAAACGUUUCAAUCCUCGGCAAUAUCUAUAAUAAGGUGCUUAUCCGGAGUGGCAAGCGCAGUAAUUUUCAACCGUCUGUUGGCGUACAUAAGAGAGUUCGGGUUCGGCUUCGAACAGACGACGCUGGACGUGGUUGACAUGCCCAUAGCGCUCAUGAGAAAAAACUCAGACGCUCUGCGCUAUUCGAUAUCAAUUGUCUCCCUGGUUUGCACGGGAGUGGUGUUCAUUAUAUAUAACAUAUUGUGUUUUACGUACUGGAGGGAUUGCAAGAGGAUACAGAAAAUUGAGGCGGAAUCACCAGUAGUAAACCCAAUCGCAGAGUUAGAAAACGUCGUUUAA